AUGCCUGUCAUCCUUCUAGAUCCACAGGCCGUUUUGAGUCCUUACAUUUCUAAAAACCCCUUCGACGAGAUGUCAUCCGAAAAAUUUUCAUUUAUCGCCCUCGACGCGAUUCACAAAGGCGACGGCGUUCUUAUUUUCGUCGAAGAAGAGUUCAGCGUGGAAGAUGUUGCAUCUAGAGAUAUGCACGGAACUCCUUACUGCUAUAUACAUAACAGCUUUCUAGAAAAUAAGGCGAAAUAUAUGCCUAGGGUUGUUGAACCGUUUAAGACUUUGCUCAAGGUUCUUCCCGUGAAAAGAGAUAAUGUUAUGAAUGCCGCUUCUAUGAGGUUUGAUGAUCGAUCGAAUUAUCAUUAUAUACAUUUUGCGGACGGUAAAUACGUUAACGAAACUAGAGUACAAAUGCUGAGGCGACACGAUGAUUCUAUUAAGAAUACUUACAUGAAUUUUCGAGCGAAGCAUAAAGGGCCAAUAAUAGCCUUUUACACGGGCAAGUCUAACCCGAUGCUGGAUAUCGACCGGAGAUACAAGCGACCCAGCCCUAGCAAGCACCACACGCCCCCCGACACCAUCAUGCUGGUGACCGAUCAUGCGCUCAUCCGGCUGUCUGAAGUAGUACACCAUGAAGGAUCGACGCGGACGCAUCUGAUCGAGCCUCGCGCGUCCACGCGCAGGUUCGCGAGUCGGCGAGCGUCGACGCGCGUGUUUUACGAUGGCAAUUUUGAACUGGAUUUCAACUUCGAGUAUCUGCGGGAUGGCUGGCUGCUUGAUAGCGUAGUCCUCUUAGAGGACGGCGAGGAGGUUGGACGAACGCCCAUGGGCGUCGGCGCGCCAUACGACUGGUCAUACUUCUGUAGUGAACCUCUCAUCAUUGGCAACUCGAGGGAUAAGAGCUACGUCACCAUAGCCAAGUAUCAGGUAUGUGACGCCUAUGUGCAGCCUCUACUUUUCAACCGGAGCAACCUCAUGUUACAAGAUGAUGCUGGCGGUGGUGAUGCUGGCGGUGGUGAUGCUGGCGGUGGUGAUGCUGGCGGUGGUGAUGCUGGCGGUGGUGAUGCUGGCGGUGGUCAUGCUGGCGGUGGUGACGCUGGUGGUGGUGGUGGCGGCGGCGCUGGUGGUGGUGGUGGAUCAGACAAGACGAGCUUUACUAACACUCAGAGCUGCGGCACCAACUUCAACUGCCACAUCCUAGCGGGUCUGUUCGUGGCGUUCAUGGUCAUCAGCAUCACGUUCGUCGGCAUCACCGUGCUGUACGACUGCAAGAGCAACGACCGCAUGGACGAUCCUAGCCAGAAGCCUCUCGUUAUAGUAGCUCAGCUUUAG